AUGAAGCUCUCACUUCUUCUCGCACUUCUGCCCGUGGCUCUUGCCCUUCCCGCCCCGGUCAUCGUUCCCCGUGCUGGCAGUCCUAUUCCCGGGAGAUACAUCGUCAAGAUGAAGAAUGAGAACCUCCAGGCACUGAUCGAUGCUGCCUUGAAGGUUCUCAAGAAGGACCCUGUCCAUGUCUACAAGUUCGCCGGCUUCGGCGGUUUCACUGCUGAUAUCGCUGAUGACAUUGUUGAGCUGCUUCAGAACCUGCCCGGUGUUGACUACAUAGAGCAGGAUGCCGUUGUUAAGGCCAACCUGGGCGAGGUGCACCUCGAGAAGAAGGCCUACGUAACUCAGUCUUCUUCUACCUGGGGUCUUGGUCGUAUCUCCCACCAGGCCAGGGGUAUCAGCUCCUACACCUACGAUGACUCUGCCGGCGCUGGUACUUGCGCCUAUGUCAUUGACACUGGUAUUUCCACUACCCACCCCGAGUUUGAGGGCCGUGCUACUUUCCUCGCCAACUACGCUGGCGAUGGCUCAAACACCGAUGGCAACGGUCACGGCACCCACUGCGCCGGUACCAUUGGAUCCAAGACCUACGGUGUAGCCAAGAAGACUAAGCUUUACGCUGUCAAGGUCCUCGACGCUAGUGGUUCUGGUACCAACUCAGGUGUCAUUGCCGGAAUCAACUACGUCGCCAAUGAUGUCAAGACCCGCAGCUGCCCCAACGGUGCUGUUGCUAACAUGUCUCUUGGUGGAUCCCGUUCUACCGCUGUCAACACUGCUGCAGCCAACGCUGUCACCGCUGGUGUCUUCAUGGCUGUUGCUGCCGGUAACGAGGCUCAAGAUGCUGCCAACUCCUCGCCUGCAUCGGAACCCACUGUCUACACUGUUGGUGCCACCGACAGCUCAGACCGUCUCGCCUCCUUCUCCAACUACGGUUCCAUUGUUGACAUCCUUGCUCCCGGUGUAUCCAUUCUCUCCACCUGGCUCAACGGCGGCACUAACACCAUCUCCGGUACCUCCAUGGCCACUCCCCACGUUGCUGGUCUCGGUGCCUAUAUCCUAGGUCUCGAGGGCAAGAAGACCCCUGCCGCUCUCUCUUCCCGCCUCACUGCUCUUUCGCUGAGGAACAAGAUCACUGGUCUUCCCUCCAGCACCAAGAACUACCUUGCCUUCAACGGCAACCCCAGCGAUGGCUUUAUGCAGGGUCUGCUGAUAGAUGCAUCCUUGUCGACUAAGAAGGUUGACUAUAUCCAACAAGAUGCGAAGGUGUACGUGUGCGAAACGAAGACACAGCUGAACGCUACGUGGGGCUUGGGUCGAAUCUCGCACAUUGAGCCUGGUCAGAAUAAUUACCUUUACGAUUCCACAGCUGGCGAGGGUACAUGUGUAUAUGUCGUCGAUACCGGUAUCGAGACCACUCAUCCAGAAUUCGAGGGCCGCGCCUACUUUCUUGCAGAUUUUAGCGAAGAGGGAGACCAGAUUGACGGUGCGGGACAUGGUACUCAUGUUGCUGGCACAAUUGGUUCCCUCACAUGGGGUGUGGCAAAGAAGACGACUCUUUUCGCAGUCCGAGUGCUGGACUCUUUCGGUACCGGUACAAAUGCUGGCGUCCUUGCCGGUAUGCAGUUCGUUAUCACGGAUGCAAAAGAACGUAUGGACGCUGGAGAUUGCCCGAAAGGAGCCUUGGCCAAUAUGAGCCUUGGGGGAAGAAAAUCUCAAGUCAUGAAUGAUGCUGCUGCUGCUAUCGUUGCGGCAGGUAUCUUCCUUGGUGUCGCCGCAGGCAAUGAGGGCACGUUGGCUGAUUACUCAUCUCCAUCAUCUGAACCUACUGUAUGUACCGUGGCCGCUACAGCAAACAACGAUACGCUCAUCGAAUGGUCCAAUUAUGGUCCCCGAGUCGAUAUUCUGGCACCUGGUGUUGAGAUCACCAGCACUUGGAUUGGUGGAGGCAUCAACACUAUAUCUGGAACCCUCACCAAGCCUCCCAAGAGCACUGCCUCUCACCUGAGACCUUUCUCAUCCCGCUCCACAUCUGGCGCAUCGAUACAAGUCAUGGCGUCAUACUUCGAUCUCCCGCCGUCGCAGAAGGCCGCGCCAGCUGCGAGUCUAGAUCAAAUACCUCAGGACCAGCGCAAACAAUUAGGUCGCAUGAACAGCUUAAUGUCCCCUGCAGUUACACAGAUAUUGGAAGGACUAGGCGACGACCACUCAGACAGCGAUAGCAGCGAAGGGGACAUAUCUGAACAAGAAGAGCAACGUUCCACUCGACAUACCAAUAAAUCACUCGAGCCUCAGCGGCUGAGCCAAGACAAACAAAAGCAUAUCGCUGGCCAGAACCCUCGACCUUCAUCAUUGUCACCAAGCAGAAGUUCUCGGAAAUCGGGUACCGGCAAAAGUUCAAUUCACUCUAAAACUUCUUCGGCACGUGGCAGCGGAGAAAACUCCGCAAAGCUCAGACAAAAACAGCCUCACAUGGCGCGAUUCCACUCUCUUCGCAGCAUGCUUUUCCAACAGAGAAUUGAAGACCAAAUGAAGACUGUCACACAGGAAGACUGUCAGAAUGAACAAAACGCGGCAGACAAGUGGCAUAAGCAACACGAAGAACGCCAGAUGCACCGCACGGGGACACUCGAGAAGGACUCAUCAGGGAAGAGUGGAAUUGGAAGCAGACUGAGAAUGACGGUAAGAAGGAUGACAACAAAAGAUGCGGGGAAUAUGGAGAAGAUCAGGGAAGAUGGCGCACCAGUCGAAUUCAAUGAUCGGGCAUCAACGGCCUCUUCAGACGUGGAAGGAGAACAAAGGAAUCCAUACGAGAGUGAUGGAGAGAGCAUCGAUCAUUCCGACGUGGAAGAAUUAGUACGUUGGGUCAGUCGACGGGAUCCACCCAGUGACGGUGAAAGACGAAAAGACAACAGUGUGGUGGAGGCUAAAGAGGAUAGUGGCCACGAGAGCCUUGGGCCGUCGGAUGUUGAUGAACUGGUUCGUUUCGCCAGCAGAAAAUCUGACGCCAAAGAGACUCGCUCGAUCAACGACGGACAUUCGGGGUAUAGCGAUGCGUCCACUGAGUCUGACAGCGAACUCAGAGAAGUAUCUUCAGAUGAAGAAGAGGACGCAGAUGACCUCGUACGCUGGAUAUCGCAUCGCGACGGACCUAAAGCAGGCCCAGUGCGUAGGAACUUACAACGAGCGGAACUGGACUCUGAUGUAGGAGAACACUACGAGUCUGAUGUACCAGAACUAGGUCGCUGGUUCAAGCGCCACGACGGCACUAGCGGCGAGUCUGCAGCGUCUACGCCCGUCAAGGAGACUUUUGACGAGUUUGACGAAGAGGAGCAGCGUGGUCGCCCAAGAAGCCGCGAGGAAACUGAACCAAUCAAGGAAAAGAGGCAUAUUACAGACGACGACGUCGACGAACUUGUCCGCUGGGUGAGCAGGAAAGAUUCCAAACAGCAGGAACCACCCGUGCUAGAAGGCGAUAAUCCAAUUGGCUGUCUAAAGCGGGAAGAGGAAGCGAAGCAGCAACAAAUCGGCAUGAGUGUCGAUGAUGGCAGUCUCUCCCAAGCUGACCUACCGGAUGUUGUCGAACAUGCGCGAAAGACGAGCGGUGGUCCCACUAAUUCUCCACCAACAGGCCCAUUUGCAGUCGAAACCGGCGAUUUGCGAGUACUAAGGGACGAAAAGACAAAAGCGGUUAACCCAGACCGUGACUCCCAGCGCGAUCUAGACGGGCAGAGAGGAAGUCUAGACGAGAAGAAACAAGAGCUAGGCAUGAGUCAUGAUGAUGAGAGUCUGAGCCACAGCGAUGUGCAAGACCUGAUCGCACACGUAAAGAAGAUCUGA